GCUUCCCCUGAAACUCUCUCCUCACCCGCCAUAGAACCUUCUUUUCUCAGUUCUCACACCUUCUCUGUCUCUCUCCCUCUCUGCUUCUCUCUGCAAUGGACAGUCCAAGCACUCUCAACCACCAACACCCACGCGUCCUCUCUCCUUGCAGCAUUGGCAGAGGGAGGUCCAGCACAGAUUCCGACUCGCCCGAAUUCGAGUUCUGGAUGGUCCGAAACCCGUCUUUCCCUCAGCCCAAUCUCCUCUCCGCUGAUGAACUAUUCGUUGACGGUGUCCUCCUCCCUCUUCACCUACUCGACAGCCGCCCUGAAACGCCUCACCCGGAACCAGAAUCCGAGCAAAAUCCUGAGAUAAUCCAUCAAGAAAAACAAAAUCUUGACCCACCUGACCCGGAAGUAGUUAAUCCGGUUCCAGAACAGGAACCGGGGCCUCAUAUUACGAGUGAGUCGACUAGCGUGUUGAGCAUGUCGAAGCGAUGGAAGGACAUUUUCAAGAAAGGAGAGAAGAGCGGUAAUGCAAUUAAGAAGGAAGAAGAGAAGGAUAAAGAGAAAGAGAAAGAAAAGAAGAAGAAGAAGGAGAAGAAGAGUCAUAGUGGAUCGGGUGGGGCGGAGUUGAACAUCAACAUCUGGCCUUUUUCUAGAAGCAGAUCCGCUGGGAAUGAGACCCGACCCAGAUGGGUAUCCGGUGCAUCCGCAACCGGGAAGGUGAGUAGUGCUCCGUGCUCGCGGAGCAACUCAUCGGGUGAGUCCAAGUCCAGGAAAUGGCCUAAUAGUCCGAGCCAGGCCGGGGUCCAUCUAGGCCGGAGCAGCCCGAUUUGGCAUGUGCCCCGUGGUACCGUGAAAAGCUCCGACCCUGUCUUUCGAAUCGGUGAAAAAUUGCACGAAACUCGGCGUGGCAAGGGAACGACCACCAGUGGCGGAACUAAAGUUUUGAACUUGAAUGUGCCCAUGUGUAUUGGAUAUCAAACCAAUUUGAGUUGUCGAAGCGACGACAACCGCUCUGAAGCCAUCGGAAGAAGCGGAGGAGGCAAGAUUGAUCAUGAUUAUGGUGGUGGUGGUGGCGGCGGGGACACCAACAAUGUUGGAAGCAGUGCCAAUCUCUUCAAUUUGCGUAGCCUUUUCACUAAAAAGGUUUAUUAAGAUUAUUAGUUAAAUGUCUAUAAUCAAUUAACUCUUAUUAUUUUGACUUUCUUCACUAUUGAGUUUUGAAGGAUUGUUAAUGAAGUGUUUUAUUAUAAUAAUUUGUUUAUAUUUUUGAUUAUCUGUAUA